AGGCAAGCAAAGGGUUAAUGUGGCAAUUUCCUGGUUGGGUGCAAAGGGUGUGCGACUGUCAAGAGGAAGCUGUGAGUGAGUCCUCAUCCUUUUGAAAACCUCAGUCUAUUAAAUCAUCUUUCAUAUCACAGCGGGUGAAUGAGAGGCGGAUACAUCGCAUGAAAGACGCCACUGCUCCGAUGCGCCUUUAACAUUGCGUAAUGCACACACAGCCGGUUGACAUUUCACAGCUCGCGGCGGCCUGAUGGAGGCGAAGACCGCGGAUCUAAAAACACUUUAGGGCUGCAGAUUGGACGCGGAAGGGGUCGGAUUUUAUCCAGACGACGACAUUUAAUCGUGCGUUGGUGAUGAAAAUGUCAAGGCAUUUGUAUGGCACAGGCGCAGAUGUUGGUUGUUGCGCCAGCGAUUGUUUGAUUUAGCGCGUGUGCUUAAACAAAACUUGACAAGCGAUCUUCACUGCGGUGUUUUAUGAUUGUGAUGGUUUGUUAAACGCAGUUAGUGGUUAUUGUCGUGUGAAAACAGUAAAACGAGAAGAUGGCAGGCCCAGAUCAUCCACAGCAGCAGCAGGUUGAAGAGAAAGCCGAACAGAUAGAUGACGCCGAACUGGCGUUUCAAGGCAUCAAUAUGCUGCUCAACAAUGGCUUCAAAGAAAGCGACGAGCUUUUUAAGAGAUACAGGACCCAUAGUCCAUUAAUGAGCUUUGGGGCCAGUUUCGUCAGCUUCUUGAAUGCCAUGAUGACGUUCGAGGAAGAGAAAAUGCAGAUGGCCAGCGAUGAUCUGAGGACCACUGAAAAACUAUGCGAGAGUGACAAUGCCGGCGUCAUCGAGACGAUUCGUAACAAAAUCAAGAAGAGCAUGGACUCCCAGCGGUCAGGGGUGGAGGUUGUGGAUCGACUUCAGAGGCAGAUCAUCGUGGCGGACUGCCAGGUCUAUCUUGCCGUACUGUCCUUCGUCAAACAGGAGCUGUCUGCGUACAUCAAAGGAGGCUGGAUCCUCCGUAAGGCCUGGAAAAUGUACAACAAAUGCUACAGCGACAUCAGUCAGCUGCAAGAGGCCUGCCGUAGACGAUCCUCCGACCAGGAGGGGGCGAUGGCCUCCGAUCAGGCCAACCACAACGCAUCCCCUACGGAGAGCGGCGGCAGGGUAACGGAAGAGGUUUUGGACCGUCUGAAGGGUUCAGUGAGCUUCGGUUAUGGGCUCUUUCACCUGUGUAUUUCAAUGGUACCACCACACCUGCUCAAGAUCGUCAACCUGUUGGGUUUCCCUGGUGACCGUCACCAAGGUCUUGCCUCUUUGGCAUAUGCCAGUGAAAGCAGGGAUAUGAAAGCGCCACUUGCCACUUUGGCCCUGUUGUGGUACCACACCGUGGUCCAGCCUUUCUUUGCACUGGACGGCUCAGACUCUCGUGCUGGGCUCCAGGAGGCCAAAGCCAUCCUGCAGAAGAAAGCAAUGGUUUACCCAAACUCUUCCCUCUUCAUCUUCUUUAGAGGACGAGUGCAGAGAUUAGAGUGCCAAAUCAACAGUGCAUUGGCGUCAUUCCAGGAUGCUUUGGAAUUCGCCUCAGACCAAAGAGAGAUUCAGCACGUGUGCUUGUACGAAAUCGGUUGGUGCAGCAUGAUCGAGAUGAGCUUUGAAGACGCUUACAGGUCGUUCGAAAGACUGAAAAAUGAAUCCCGAUGGUCGCAGUGUUAUUACGCUUACCUCACUGGAGUAUGUCAGGGGGCUUCUGGUGAUCUCGAGGGAGCCAAAGCUGUCUUUCGAGACGUCCAGAAGUUGUUUAAACGCAAGAACAAUCAGAUCGAGCAGUUUGCACUGAAAAGAGCAGAAAAACUGAGAAAGGUCCCCCUCACACGAGAGCUCUGCAUUCUGGGUGUUGUGGAGGUUCUGUACUUAUGGAAAGCUCUUCCAAACUGCUCUUCCUCCAAACUCCAGCUUAUGAACCAAGUGCUACAAGGACUGGAUGACCAGUCAAGUCUUGGCUUGAAAAAUCUGCUGCUUGGUGCUAUUCAAAAAUGUCUUGGAAAUAUUAAAGAUGCUGUUCAGUCGUUCCAGCUGGCAGCACAUGAUGAGUACGGUCGUCUGAACAAUAGCUACGUUCAGCCAUAUUCCUGCUAUGAGCUGGGCUGUGUGUUACUGGCUAAGCCUGAGACUCUGAGUAAAGGAAGGUCAUUACUGCUACAGGCCAAGGAAAACUACACCGGGUACGACUUCGAGAACAGACUGCACGUGCGUAUCCACUCUGCCCUCGCCUCCAUAAAGGAAGUGGUCCCCCACUGACCCCGUCCCAACCAAAAAAAAGUGCACCUUGACCACUCCUGCCCAGCACUUUUAAAACAAAAAGCCAUUCGAAGUAGUCGUGCUUUGGAAGGAAAAACAAAGGUUAUCUGACUUCAGAGGAUCAAUUUUACGAUUUUUCUUUUCAACUUAGUGUAGUAUCAAAACUGGUUCACAAAUAAUUGUCCAUGUAGCUAUUGGUCUCAAUCAUCUUAUUUUUUUUUGCAUUCACACAUAGACUCACUUUACAUUUUGGAUGCGUUAUGUGUGAGCGGGAAACUUGGAUGGUGUGCAUUGAAAAAUCUGGAUGGACAGUAAUCCAAAUCUCACAAUGAAUCACGUUGAUAAUGUGUCCUUUACUAUAGCUUGCCCUACAUUACUAAGUACAUUAGCAUGGACUAGACUUUAACAUAAGAGCAUUUACACAAAAUUAUCUUGCUUAACCAUUUAUCUUAAUGAGAUAUUAUCUAAAGUUAUACAUGUGCCAGAUCAUGAUCGUAUUCACCACAGCAAUGUCUAGUAUAGUGGUCGACCGAUAAUAGAUUUUAUCCAGUAUCCAGGAAGCAUGUUGACCGAUAUAUUACAGUUUAUGAUAGCAAAUAAGAAACUAUAUUAGAUUAACACUUUUUUUACUAAUUUGUAUUCAGAUUCACAUAAAACACUGUCAGUUGGUCAAGCGGUCAGUUAUCGGUUCCACCGAUAUUCUUAAAUAGCCAAAUGUCAGCACAUAAAUCGGUCUGGCCGAUGAUAUCAGUCUAUCUCUUGACCAGUCAAGGAAUAUUGCAGUCAUUGCAUUGAAACUUUUGAUUGUAUGUAUGUAUUAAUUACGAACUGUAUGUUGCUAUGACCAUAUAACACUACACCACAUAUCUUUUUUUGUAAUUU